AUGUUAAAACUGCCUUCUCUAUUCUUUCUAGAAAAGAGUCCCCAAAAGAAUGGCUCUCUAAUUUCCACUACCUCCUCAAAACCAUGGGUUUCUGUUUUUAAUAGUAAACUUAAUGAUUUUAAAACGGGACAAGGUCAAAAUAGAUCCAAAAAUCAGGGGUUACAAUGCAAACACUGUAAUCUUAAAGGUCAUACAAUAGAAAGGUGUUAUAAAUUGAUUGGAUACCCAAAGGAUUUUAAACCUAGGAAUGAAGUUCAUAUUCAAAAUAAGUCUUUUUCUGUGAAUUCUUCUUCUUUUGGAUAUAACAGUAGUGCCACAACUUCUUCUGAGUUUGUUCUUGGCAGUGAUGCUCACUAUCUCACUAGUGAACAAUACUCCAAGUUUCUUCGUCUCAUUAAUGAGAGUUCUACUAGUGAUGAUGUAUCUGCUACUGCAAAUAUGGUAGGUACAUCUAUGUUUCAGUGCUGUAAUUCUUUUGUUAGUCCUAAUAAUUCUCAAAGCUGGAUUGUUGACUCAUGGGCUAAUCAACAUAUGAUAGCCUCUGAGUCACAACUUAGAGAUGCAAUACAUGUGUCUAGACUGAACCUUCUUGUAAAACAUUUGAAUGGUUCUUCAACUCCUAUUAACAAAAUAGGAAAUCUUCAGUUGUCUUCACAUCUCACCUUAUUUGAUGUGUUUGUUGUUCCAGACUUUAAUGUUAACCUUUUAUCUUUACAUAAACUGUGUAAGGAUAGUGGCAGUGAAGUUGUUUUUUCUGAACAUAAUUCCAAAAUUCAAGAUUCACUAUCAAAGGAGAUGGUGGAGAAUGGUAGAUUAUAUCGGGGAUUGUAUUUUCUUGACUGUGUUCCCUCGGGUAUUUCAACUAAUAUAACUAAUUCUAGAUGUUGUGUCUCUAAACUGAGUUGGAAUAAUAGACUUGGCCAUCCAGCUGACCAAGCUCUAAGUUCUUUAAAAGAAAAAUUAAAACUUGGAAAUGAGUCCCUUCCUCCUUGUGAUGCCUGUCAUAAAGCAAAACAGACAAGAGAAUCCUUUUCACAUAGUCAACAUAAUUCAACUAAACUAGGUGAAUUGAUUCACUUAAAUGUUUGGGGUCCUUAUAGACUUGCAUCUAUUGAAGUACCUUCAGAUAAUGGAACUGAAUUUGUCAAUAAUCAAAUGAAGUUUUUUUUUGUUUUGAAUGAGGUAUCAUACAUCAAACAACUUGUGCUUACACUCCACAAAAAAAUGGGGUUGUGGAGAGGAAGCACAUACAUAUUCAUAAUGAUGUUUACUUCUGUCUUAAAUGGCUCGUCUCCUUAUGAACUUGUUUUUAAAAGAUCUCACAGUUUUGAACAUUUAAGGGUGUUUGGUUGCUUAUGUAUUGCUGUAAAACAAAAUGUUACUGAUAAACUGUCUGAACGUGCUGAAAAAUGUGUUUUAUUAGGAUAUUCUUCUGAUAAAAAGGCUUAUAAACUUCUUAGUCUGGAUACUAACACCUCUUUUGUAUCCAAGGAUGUGAAAUUUUAUGAGUUUGUCUUUCCUUACAAGUUAAAGUCAACCACUGUUGAUAAAAUUUCAAAUGAUUCUGGCCCUAGUGAUCAUUUUUCCUAUGAUGUUUUUGACACAAAUGAAUAUGUUAAUGAUUCUAUUAAUCUUGAUGAGUUGAGAGUAGAGUCCCAAUUGGACGGUGCUGAUGCAACCAUUAAUCUGGAUGAUAUCAGUUUUAAUGAGACUGUCAACCGAAGUGGCGAGUUUUGGUUAACAAUUAACAUUAUACCGCAAGCGUCAUCUUUAAUGGUGAUAAUGGAAAUGGUGCAACUCAAGCUUAUUGCAAAAACAAGUUUUUCUGACAUCCAAAAACCACAAGUUGGACUUUAUGGAAAGGCUUGUGCAGAUGUUGGUCAAAAUGGUGUAAUUGCCUUGAUUUUAAAGGGUAAAAUGAUAAAUAAGGUUCCCAAAACCAAAAACAAAGUCAUUGUUAUUAUGAUGCUUAAAUUAACAUGCCAACGUUUUGAACAACAAACCGGUGAAAAUGGAAAAAAUAUCAAUAAAUAUGAUUCAAAACAAAUUACAAUUCAUAAGUGA